UCUCUAGAAAUGAAGCAAAGUCUUAUCUGGAAACAAAAAUAUUAAAAGCUAAAAAAAUUUAUAAUAAAUAAAUUUAAAAAAUAAUCUCAAAUUUUACAUUUAGGGUUUCUCUCUCCCCCUUUAGCUUUCAUAAUUGUUGUAAAUUCCUCUCGAUCUUCUUGAGCCAGUAUGCUGAGAAAAUAGUUGAACAGCGAGGAAGUUUUGGGGACAAGUUUUUGUUUCAGACUUCUGAGAGUUUACAAAGGGAGAAAGAGAGGAGAGAAUGUCAAGUGGCAGAAACACCCACUGGUGUUACAGCUGCAGGAGGCCAGUUCGUCUUCAAGGGCGAGAUCCAUGUUGCCUGUACUGUAGUGGAGGCUUUGUUCAAGAGCUUGACGAUAUGGUGCACAUCAGCCCAUUGGAUUUCUUUGGGUUGGACAGUGAUGAAGAACGUGACCAGAGGUUUGGUCUUAUGGAAGCUUUCUCAGCCUUCAUGAGGCAGCGAAUGGCUGAUAGACAUAACCAUGAUAUCAGGGGUAGAUCUGAUUCAAUUAAUGAACAUGGCCAGGGCUUUGGACCUUUGUUGAUAUUUGGUGGCCAAAUUCCUUUUAGAUUGUCUGGAAAUGGUGGGUUUGAAGCACUUUUUGGUGGGGCUCCGGGCAUUGGUUUUGCACGGGGUAAUGCUGGCGAUUAUUUUAUAGGUCCUGGACUAGAAGAACUUUUUGAGCAACUUUCAGCUAACGAUCGACGGGGCCCUCCUCCUGCAGCCCAAUCUUCAAUCAAUGCUAUGCCGACUGUUAAGAUCACACAGAGGCAUCUUCGUUCUGAUUCACACUGUCCUGUCUGCAAAGACAAAUUUGAGCUUGGUUCAGAAGCGAGACAAAUGCCAUGUAACCAUAUAUACCAUUCAGAUUGUAUUGUUCCAUGGUUAGUGCAGCACAAUUCAUGCCCUGUUUGCCGCCAGGAAUUACCAGCACAAGGAUCGAGUAGCAGUCGUAGUAGUCAUCAUAGCUCAAUUGGUCCAAGUCGAAGCAGCAGUUUUGGUGGCAAUGCCAGUGGAAGGGAGAAUCAAGGAAGACGGAAUAUAUUCUCUAAUUUCUGGCCAUUUCGCUCAUCAAGUUCUAGCUCAAACCAUAAUGGAACAGCCGGAAGCAGCUCACAAGCAAUGCAUGAGAAUAACCACCAGAUGGGGUACACUGGAUGGCCUUUUGAUUAAGCUCUUAUGUUAGAGGAACACAAUUUGCUGCUUGUUGUGAUCAUAACUCAGUGGCUCCAAUUAUAUACUGAAUCAUUGAUUAGGAGCAGCAUUGGUUUGAGACAUGAAAUUUACCAGUCUGGUGUGUUUACUUAAAAGUGAUUUGAGUGUCAUAUUGUGCAUCUUUUAUGUAAAUCACUCUUUUUUCUUCUUUGUUGAAUUACUGUGCCUUUUCAAUUGUAUUUGCCGUCCUAUUAUAUGCCUAAAUAAUUUCUCCUUGUAACAUUCA